GCUAUUGUUUUAAAUAAUUUAAUAUUUAAGAGAUGUAAUUGUUAAAGUGCUCAAUUCAGUGAGUACCUUAGAGGGAUAUUAAAAUAAGUGCGAACCGUGGAAGAAGAAGUCAUCACCAUGAAAUCCGAAAGUAAACAGGGUUAUUCUGUGUCUAUUAAUGAUGAUAAAGCAGAUGAAAAACUAGCAGAAAUUAUGGCCAGUAAAAUGACUUUAGCUGACUAUGAAAAUAAGUCAUUUAAAAGUGUUCUACCUCAGUGUAUUGGAACGUUUGUAGCGUCAGGAUUCAAUUUAAUUGUAGGACUAGGUUUAGCGUACACCGGCAUCCUUAUUCCUGCUAUUGAAAGUCCUAAUUCCGAUAUAAAAGUAACGACGACAGAAAGUUCCUUAAUCGCAAGUAUAACCACCCUAGUAAUAGCACUGACAAGUCUGACAUGUGGACCCGUAAUGGAUAGAAUUGGCCGAUUAAACUGCAUAAAAAUAUCCAUCAUACCCAUUACGGUGGGUUGGGUUUUAAUUGCCCUUGCUAAAAGCACCACCAUGCUAUUGAUAGGUCGAGUUUUUGUAGGAAUAAGUGGAGCUUUAGGAGUUAACUCCGUCCCUGUUUAUAUCUCAGAAAUUUCAAGGCCGGAUUUGAGAGGUUCCCUAACAUCAGUUUUAACCCUAUUGUCUACCAUUGGUAUGGAAUUGGUUUAUUUAUUAAAUACUUUAAUGGGCUGGAGGACGAUAGCUUGGACUGCCAUGGUUCUCAGUUUCAUUCCCAUAUUGUUACUCUUUACAAUCCACGAAAGCCCCGUCUGGCUAAUGAGCAAGGGUAAAGAGAAGGAGGCAAAAAAAUGUUUGCAAUGGCUUCAUAAAUAUCACAAGCAACACCCUGAAGAACAGGACAUUGUGGAAGUACAUUUUUCAAUUUUAAAAAAAGAGCAGACAGUCAUGAAAGAGUUGGAGCAAGAAAAAGAGAAGAGCAAUAUACUUUCAGACUUCUUAAAGCCAACGGGCUAUAAACCUACAAUAAUUCUAAUCGGUUUGUUCAUAAUUCAACAAUUCUCUGGAGCCUAUGUCAUCAUUUUCAAUGCAGUCAUAUUUUUCGAGGGUGUAGGUUCAAGCGUUGACCCCAUUUUAGCAUCAAACCUUAUUACUGGAUCUACAGUAGUCAUGUCAAUAUUAAACGUGUUUUCUCUAAAGAUUUUUAACAAAAAGCCCCUCAUGCUAUUCAGCUGUGCUGGCAUGGGAGCAUGUCUAUAUAUUUCAGGACUAUUCACCAAAUGGAUACACGAAGGUAAAGAUCAAAAUGUUUUCGCGGGGAUAACGGUCUGCCUAUUCAACAUGAUAACAGGGAUGGCUCUGUCAUUUUCUGGUGUACUAAUUCCUGCCUUGGAAUCACCCCACAGCGAGAUAAACGUAACUGAUAACGAAAUCUCUUGGAUGGCUAGUGUAAAUUCCUUCACGAUGAUGACCGGGUCUCUUUUUAUCGGCAUUCUCGAAGAAAAUUUUGGCCGUUUAACCACCAUAAAAAUAUCGGCUAUUCCCACGAUAAUAGGCUGGAUUUUAAUUACAAAAGCAUCCACAAUUCAAAUCCUACUUUGUGGAAGGGCACUGACAGGGUUAGGAUCAGCUUUUAGUCUCGUUACGGCUGGCGUAUACCUGGGGGAAACAAGUUGGCCGAAUGUAAGAAGCGUUCUCAUGGUAGUCCCAUGUCUCACUUCUUCUAUUGGGGUCGCAAUAGUAUAUUUACUGGGUUUCGUAAUGCAUUGGAGAACUGUCGCAUGGUCGUGUACGUUUAGUACCAUUGCGGCUGUCUCUCUUUGUUUUCUUAUCCCAGAAACUCCAGUCUGGUUAAUUGGCAAAAAUAAAAUCAACAAAUGUAGAGAAUCUCUGCUAUGGUUUAAUAAAUACCAUCCUGAAUGUCCAACUCUUACAGAAUCUCAUUUGAACGUGUUGAAACACGAGUGCGACAGCAAGUGGGAGAAGAAGUCACAAAUGAAAAGAAAAACCAAUUAUUUUGAUAUCUUUCCCAAACCUGCCACCAUCAAGGCAAUGCUUUUGGGCUUAGGUCUCAUUUUUAUUCAACAAUUUUCCGGGAUAUACGUCUUCACGGCUUUUGCAAUUAAUUUUUUUCAGAGUACGGGUAGCGACAUUGAUCCUUUAAUAGCAACGAACCUUGUUACGGGAAUCCCCGUUUUUGUGGCCAUGAUAAACGUAAUAACAUUGAAAUAUUUCGACAAGAGGUCACUUUUAAUUGCAAGCUGCUUUGGAAUCGCCAUAUGUUUAUAUACGUCAGCUCUCUUUACGAAAUGGAUUCACGAAGGUACUACCGACCACAAAUGGGUACCAGUAGCCUGUCUUUUCAUCUACAUGAUCAUGGCUAUUUUAGGAUUAGAACCUUUACCAUGGGUGGUCGCAACAGAAAUGUUCCCGCUGGGAAAUCGCGGAAUUAUUUCGGGAAUAUUUAUGAGUGCCGCGUGCUGUAUAAUGUUCAUAGCUAUUCAGAGCUAUACGUCACUCUAUCGGUUGUUUGGAGGUGCUUCAAUGCUGCAACUGUUUUUUGGUACCGUGUCUCUUUUAGGGGUGCCGUAUGUGUAUUUGUUACUACCCGUUACGAAAGGGAAAACACUAUCAGAAAUCGAAGCGCACUUCAAAUGACAAAUGGUGCUAUUAAUUUAUUAUAAGAUGAUGUACUGU